AUGAGCAUGGUCAAGACCAACAGAGAGCUGUACCUACAGAACUUGGCCACGGCCCCCAAGCUGCUGGCCCGCAUCUCUAAACUCCUCAUCACCUGCCGCAACGCGGGCAUUGCCAUCCCCAAGGGCAUCCGGAACAUCUUUGAGUUCACCUGGGAGGAGCUCAUCAGUGACCCCGCAGUGCCCACCCCAUCUGACAUCCAGGACCUGGUGGUCAGCUUUGGAGCCCCCUCAGUGGUGCUUGCAGAGGUGGUCCCGGUGCAGACCCCUGUCCAGAAGAAGCCGCCGCCGCCGCCCCCGCUGCCCACCGUGAGGACAGGGCCGCCCACAGCCACCAGGGCGGGCAAGCACUCUGCCCUCUUCCCCAUCCCUUCCCGCCAAGUGUCCCCUGGCCAGGAGACCCUGCGUAAGUUCCAGCGGCAGUCGAUCCACCUGCUCACGGAGCUGCUCUCCCUGAAGAUGAAGGCUAUGGUAGAGUCGGCCUCGGUAGGUGCCAAUCCCUUGGACAUCACCAGGCGCUUUGUGGAAGCCAGUCAUCUCCUCUAUCUCAAUGCCAAGGAGAUGGCCUUCAACUGUCUGAUCGGCACCUUCGAAAGAAACUGCUUUAGUGCGGGAUAUCUGGAGAAAGAGUCCCCCAUGAACAUCUCUGCCAUGGGAGUGAACUCACCAUAUCAGCUGGUCUACCAGUCUUCCACAGCCUGUCUGAGCUUUUCCCUCUCAAUGGGAAAGGAAACCAAGAAGAAAAUAGCUACAGGUAAGUCAAAGGCCAUAGAUGAUAACAUGUCCCCACUCCUACGAGGACUACGGACCCCUCCCGAGAGUCUCAUAGAGAUCAAUGACCCCUGUCCCGAGGCCCGGGAGAAGCUGCAGGAGAUGUGCCGCCACAUAGAAACUGAAAGAAUCUUGUGGGAAGGGAGGAACAUCUACUACCCCAUGAUCUUACGCAACUACAGGACAAAGAUAACCCCUCAUUCACCGAUAAUCUCCAAAAAGGAAUCUCAUGUGUCGAGUAGCCACCACAGUCACACUCUAGGAGCUCAGCUCUCUACUGUCCUCUCUCAGCAGUCUAGCCACCAUUCUCCUGGGAACCGCCUUUCUCAAGAGUGGAAGACAAGCAAGAAGCCCAUCAAGUUGCACUAUAGUUUCUAUGAUGGCUCCUCCUUUAUUUACUAUCCCUCUGGAAACAUUGCCAUCUUCCAGAUUCCCACAUGCUGCCGAGGGAGACCCAUCACCUGCCUCUUUAAUGACCUGCCUAGCUCCUCCUGCCUGGCCCUUUUCAAUGCUGAAGGCCAGGGCUGUGUUCACUACAACAUGAAAACCUGCUGUCCAUUCGUGUUGGUCUUGGAUGAGGAAGGUGGGACCGCAAAUGACCAAAAGGGCUACACCGUCCAUAAGUGGAGCUGGACUUCCAAGGUGGAAACUUUGCUCUCCCUAGAAUACAAGGUGAAUGAUCAAAUGAAGCUGACAGUGCAGGGGCAGGACUCCAUGACAGUCACCUUCACCUCCAUGAAUGAGACAGUGACACUCACUGUGUCGCCCCAAAACUGUCCCCACAGCACAGUGCAUGACAAACGGUCAAGUCAUAGAACCAUCAACAUGGAUGAUAAGAUGGCAAAGAUAAACCGAGCCCUGGCUGAAAUCAAGAAGCGUUUUCAGAAGACAGUGACUCAGUUCAUGAACUCCGUGCUGCUGGCAGCAGGUCUGUUCACCAUACAGUAUCCCGCCAUAAAGGAAGAGGUAGAACUCAGCCGGAUCAAGCUGAAAUCUGGAACUUAUCUUGACCGGUUCCGUAAGUCAAGUCUAUACCUAGGAGAAAUGACUGCACGAUCCCAGUCAGCCAGACUAGAUUCUUUAACUGAAGAUAUGUUGAAAGAGGAGACUGUAUCCAUACCUGCGAGUCCCAUCCGGAAGAAGAGCAUCAAAGUCCAGCCCAAAGCCACGGCCACCCCCAGAGUGACGGCCAAAGAGGAGCACUGCCCAACCAGGUGGGCAGCCUCACCCUAUGACUGCCCCCUGGUGCUGCGGAAGCUCAUAAGCAAAGAAGACAUCCGGCCUGGCUGCAAGUGUGUUGUGAAGGCGCCCCUGGUGUCUGAUGUGGAGCUGGAGCGCUUCUUGUCGGCACCCCGAGACCCCAACCAAGUGCUGGUAUUUGGGAUAAUCUCGAGCCAGGAUCCCAGAAGCACAGUGCAGCAGCAAUGGAUGCUCGACUUACUGUACAGCCAUCAACAGCACGGCCGUGGCUCUCCCUGCAUCCAGUGCCGGCAUGACCCCUACCGCCUGCUGCGGUAUGACCUGGACAGCCCCCUGCAGAAGGAUCCACCUCUGAUGGUGAAGAAGUUUGCUGUGGUGCAAGGGAUGAUUCUGAUGUUUGCUGCGGGGAGGCUCCUCUUUGGGGGCUGUGUUCUGAAUGGCUAUGGCUUCAGCAAGCAGAAUCUACUGAAACAGAUUUUCCGGGCUCGACAGGAUUGCAAGAUGGGCUACUUCCUGCCAGACAACUACAAAUUCAAUGUCUUAACUUCCCUCACGAGCCCGGAGGAUUCUGACUCGGCCAAGAGAACCGUUUCUGAAGACCUGGAAGAAAGCAUCAUCUCCUCGAUAGCGCAGGGGGACAAGGUGGAAAAGUUCCCUUCUCCGGUGCCUGAAAAGGUGAAGCAGCCGGAAGCGGAACCGAGUCCUUCGAACAAGAUAAGGAAGAACAGCAAGAAGAACACCAACAAGAAAACGGAUGUCAAGAACUGA